AUGUCGUUUGACAGGCUCUCUUCGCUGGAGUCGCAAUCUACCACUACCCGCCGGCAAGAUGAUCCCCAGUACAGAGACGACCCCGAAUUCCAAAGAUUCACCGAGUCGCUUUCUGAGAAACUAUUUGAGCUAGUCUCAAACAUUUCCAAAAUUUCGAACGAGAUUGGUCGUCUCGGCACAAAGCGAGAUACCCAAAGAGGUAGAGAGCGGGUUCAUGAUCUGCUAGAAGAGACGAGAGAUGGGUUUAAACAAGUUGGCGAAGGGAUAAAGAGGGCUCAAACAUGGGAGAAUCUAAAUCCGUCGCAAAGAUAUACAAAUCAAAAGCUAUCCCGAGAGUUCGCUUCGGCUCUUUCAGAAUUUCAGGUUGUGCAGAGGCGGGCGAUGGAAAAGGAAAGAGCAUCCAAAGCUGCACUAGAAGAAGCAUCUUCUGCUCAGUCACCCGCGGGAGAAGGACAACAACAACUUCAAUCAUUGGAGGAGCCAAGACUGGCCCAACAGUCGGAAGUAGACUACCAAGAGAACCUGAUUAUCGAAAGAGAAGGGGAGAUUCGACAGAUUGAGCAAUCUGUAGGCGAGCUCAAUGAGCUAUUCCGAGACGUCGCCCAUAUUGUUCGCGAACAAGGCGAUAUGAUCGAUGCCAUUGAUGUCAAUGUGGAGAACACAUUGACGGAUACCCGAGGAGCUGAUGUUGAAUUGAGAAGUGCAAGUCGCUAUCAGAAAGCUGCACGGAACAAGGCUUGCUGCCUUUUGAUGAUCUUAGCUAUUGUCUUACUGAUUGUCAUUCUAGCGGUUGUACUCGGGUGA